AUGGCGGACUCGGACGCGAGCUCCGGCGGCUCCGGCAGCAGCUCCAGCUCCGACUCGGUGCUCAUCCGCGUGCCGCUGGACCAGAAGCGGCGCAAGAAGCUGCGCGCGCAGCUGCAGGCGGACCAGCAGCGGCAGCGCGAGCGCCAGGAGGCGGCGGCCCCCAGCUCCGCUCCCGCGCCCGCGCGGCCGAAACUCGUCAAGUCCGAGCCAGACAGCGACCGCAGCAAGGGAGAGCAUAUCUGCGUCGUGUGCGAGCGCGAGGGCGACGCGCUCGUGGUCUGCGGCGGCCCCUGCAUCUCGGCCUUCCACGCGGCGUGUCUGUCGCCCGACAGCGGCGCCGCGCAGGCCCAGGACGACACCUGGCUGUGCCCCAGCUGCAGAAGCAAAACCCACGCCUGCUUCCACUGCAAGCAGACGGGCGUGGAGGCGCUGAAGGACGACGCGCCCGCCUCCGCCGGCGCCGACCCGACGCUCCGCCCCGUGCGCAAGUGCCGCGCGCUGUCGUGCGGCAAGUUCUACCACCAGGAGUGCAUCGCGCAGUUCCCGCUGGCGCGUAUCGCCACCAACACGCACUUCAUCUGCCCGCUGCACACGUGCGCGGGCUGCAACCAGUCGGGCGCGCAGCAGGAGGCCGUGCGCUGCAUGCGCUGCCCCGUGGCGUACCACGCGCGCUGCCUGCCGCCCAACUGCGUGCGCCAGAUCUCGUCCAAGCUGAUCAUUUGCCCCAAACACGCCGCGGAGCAGAAGGAGGCGGCGCCAGAGAGUGAGACGAAGAAGGCGAAGGAUAAACACAAGAGGGAGAGUCUGGCCUCGCAGGCGGACGAUGAAGCGGAGCACAAGGACGGAGAGAGUAGCGGCAAGAAGCGGAAGCGUAGCAAGCGAGAGUCCCUGGACGCGGAUGAAAGCUCGAAGGCGCAGCGAACACCAGGCGCUGGAUCGACUCGGUCGCCCACGUCUGCGUUGGCGCUGUUUGAAAGUCCUGCCACUGCUACGAAGAGGAUACAGGAGCGUCUUGAAGAGGCGUUGGGGAAGAGCGAUGACGAUUCCGACGAGUCGACAGCUAGCCCUUCUCUAAAGAAGAAGCGCCCCAGCAGCCAGAUCACAGGUUCACAGAUCGAGGCAGCAGCACCACAGGUAGCAAUUAUCAAGGAGGAGCGCCCCAUAGCAUCUGCGUCCAAGGUUGAGCAAGGCCAGCUCGAGGAUAAGGCAAAGUCGCCCGUGCCUUCUUCUCCUGUGCCUGCGAGCCCAGCCGGUGAUAAGGACUCGUUAGAAGCUCGAUCAUCGGCGGAGGAGGAUAGUCCAGAAGUCAAGACCGAGCGUACGAAGGAGCGCCGAGACAGCCGUGCCGCGGAUGAGCAGCGACAACCGCUUGAAGGUGCUUUGAAGCUGGAGAUCCCCAAGUCGCCUUCCGCCAGCGUGUUAAUUCCGUCUUCGUCUGGUGGAAUAGUGCUGAAGCAUGUUCCAAGCGAAGAUGAAGAUGACGACGACGAAGGAACGGCCGGGUCCGCGACUCCUAACGCAGAUGCAACCCCAAGAACUCCAAGGGUGGCUAAGACAAGUGGACCGGGCAAGAAACGCAAGAAGAACAAGGCAAAGCGGGAAGCGCGUGCGCUUAAACGAGAAACCAGCGAGGAGGAGGAGGAAGAAGCCAACGAGGCCAAGUGGGUCCAGUGUGAUAGCUGCAAGAAGUGGCGGACGGUGCCCCCAGACUUCAAUCUGGACGCGAUGCCAACACAUUGGUACUGCAAUAUGAACACUUGGGACGAGCGGUAUGCGUCGUGUGCUGUUGCCGAGGAAGUGGUAAAGGUGAAUCCGUCCCCGCUAGCAGAGAAGAGGAGGUACAAGUUGAAGUCAAGGUCCAAGUCGACUCAAUCCAGCACAGGGGAUGAUGGCGGAUACUCUUCGUCUGGAUCAGGUACUCUGAAAAGGUCUGGAAGCUCUUUGAAGGGCUCCGUUGCCGACAUGACUGCGCUGGAAGAGAAGGAGAAGGGCUUCAGAUCUCUCAAGAGCAAGGACAAGGCUUCCAAAAAGCGCAAAAUUACCAAGCAACUCAAGGAGAAGUACCGAGAAGUCAAGUGGGUGCAAUGCGAGAGCACUCAAUGCGGCAAGUGGCGUGUGGUGCCGACAUUUAUUAACUUCGAUCGGUUACCUGCAGUCUGGUACUGUCAUCUCAACACUUGGGCUCCGGAGUUAGCCAAGUGUAGCGCGCCAAACCCUCCUGAAGUGGAUGCGUUCUUGCUGAAGCAGGCCAAGAAGGAUGGUUCGGCUCGCCCUUCGAAGAAAGCAAGGACAUCUUCAUCUACUGGAGAUGCUGCGCCGGCAGCAUCUGUGUCCGUGACUACUGGCAGUACGAUGACGCCAACGUCUUCAGCAAAUGACCUUACCUCUCUUGGUAAAUCGAAUACGACGAAGCACGGCAAAGGCUCAAAGGCAACGGCGUCUGGGACAGGGAAUGGUGCUUCAAAUACCGGGGUCAGUAGCAAUGCGGAAGGAGGGAGCAACAACAACGGCAGUAACCCAGACGGCGCCACUUCUGGUCACUCUACCAAAGGAAGGGGAGGACGUGGACACAACAACAGCGGCGCGAACACGAGUGGGAUCAAGAAGACGGUGUUGGAGUGGGCGCAGUGUGAGAAGUGCAACAAGUGGCGCAAGCUGCCGCAGCACAUUAAAUCCUCCACGUUGCCCGAUAAGUGGUACUGCUCGAUGAACCACUGGGACCCAUCGCACGCGAAGUGCAGUGUUCCAGAGGAAGCGGACCAAGAGCCCGUGCCUUUGCCUCCUCACCCAGGUUCGCAGUGGCACAAGGGAGGACACAAGGGCCAGCGUCCACGACGAGGCAAGUUGAGCUACUCGGAAUUGCUUUACGGCAGCACGGGGCAGCUACGCAAGGCAUACACGGCGGAGUCUUCCACUCAAUCCUUCGAGUAUGAAGGCACGACCUACCAUCGCGACGACCAGUACAAGCACAGCAGCAUGUAUGUGUCUCCGGCGGCGAUGGCAGCAGCGGCUACGAUGGCAGGAUGGAGCGGCAGUGAUCGGGUGAGCAGAGAAACAAACUGCGGCAAGGCGACAACUACUGCUGGCAGUCAUAAAGUGGAUGCACUAGCCGCAGCAACCCCCGCCCAGGCCAGCGUCGACCACGUGGCUGCGUUGGUGCUUGAGAGCAUGGACUUGCGGCGCCGCCGAAGCGUUUCGGAGCUGUUCGAAGCUGUGAACGCUGUGCAACGAGCAGCUGAGUCUGGAACGGAGACUGGAGCGUCAGGCCUUGCGUCGCUGGCAGUAGUUACAGCUGCGUUGGGCCAGUUGGAGCACCGCGGUAUGGUCGAAAAAGUGAGCGAGCUAUCAGAGGACAGCGAUGAGGAUGAGCCUUCCCGGAAGCGAAGGAAAGCGGAGUCGCUGUUCAGUGGCGCGUUCUCGUUACCGACACAUUACCGCAAGGUGCCCACCAGACCUCUGAAGGCCUCGAAAAGCUGGAAAUUCGGGACCAACGUCGUAGCAGUAUCACCGCUGAAGGAUUCGUAA